AUGAAUUGGGUCUUCCCAUCUAGGUCUCCCCUUCCGGACAUGAAUUCCCCGCACCGUCUCAAGACCGGCGUUGGUCCCAACCCGCCGGCUCUCCCUCACCAGCAUCAGCAGCACCAGCAGCAACAGCAACAUCACCAGCAGCACCAGCACCAUCAGCACCACCAACAUCCUCUCCCCCUCUCUCAGCCAGGUGCCCCCUCUCCCUUUGCUCCUCCAAACCCCUUCGACAACCCGCCAAUGGUCCCUGCGCCCCCAGUUCCAACUACCGCUCCGGCUCCAUCACAUCUCCAAGCUACGCACGUCCAGCAACAACAGCAACAGCCAGGUCAAGUCCAUCCACCUUCCUCCCCCGCUAAUCCAAGGAAGCGUCGAGCCUCCAUUCAGCAACCGGGCUCGUUAUCUAACAUGGGGCCUCCAAUGGCUGGUUCUGAGCAGGACGGUAACACUGCUGGUAGUGCUACCGCUGCUGCUCCUGCUCCGGAGGCUGGGGUCAAGAAGAAAGGCCGCACUAACACACCCUGGACUGCGGAGGAGGAGCAACGACUCAAGACUAUGAGAGAUGCUGGUAAUACCUGGAGUGAGAUUGCAAAGACAUUCCCUACGAGGACUGAAGGGAGUGUCAAGAAGCACUGGUAUAAAGACAUGCAUUAUGCGGAAUUUGCUGAGGAUGAGUCUAUUGCUCUACGGGAUGCAAUCAAGGAAUACGAAGCCAAUAAAUGGAAAGUUAUUGGCCAGAAGGUCGGAAAACCAGCAAAGGCUUGCGAGCAAUACGCCAAGGAACAUUUCAAAAGUCCAUAA